CCCUGACUGUCGAAGCAAGAAAAAAGUCGAGGAAAAUUAGCUCUGCAUCGCUGGCCUUCUGAUCCAUUCAAUGGAUACCAUGAAGCAAAUAUUGGCAAAGGCGAUCCGAUUAGCUGAUCAAGUGAUAAAAUCUGCCAAAGAUGUUGCCUGCUUCAAGGAUGAGUGCUACAACAUCAAGUCCUAUGCUCAGAAGCUUGCAGCCCUCCUCCGCGACAUGUGUGCCCGCACAAGAUCUGAAUUCUACGAGCGGCCCGUACACCGGGUCAUCAAUGAGACUGAACGAGUCCUAGAUAAUGCUCUUUCUGUUGUGCUCAAAUGCUGUAACAAUAGUUUCAUAAAGCGCGUGUUGGUGAUAAUCCCUGCUGCUGAAUUCAGAAAAGUUUCGAGCCAAUUGGAAAGUUGUGUAGGCGACGUUUCUUGGCUCGUGGGCAUAUUAUUUAUGGCCGGUGAAAAUCUCAUGCUUCCUCCCAUUGCUGCCAAUGAUCCAAUUCUUGCUUGGAUUUGGGGGUAUAUUAGUAUGCUAUAUCAUUGCUCACCAGAUGAUCGGCAUAAUGCCGUAAACGAGCUACUUUCUCUUUCUCGGGAUAGUUAUCGUAACAAUAAGUUGAUUGUACAUGAAGGAGGUGUCGUCCCAUUGUUGAAAUUGUUGAAAGAAGGCAGAAUAGAAGACCAAGUCAUCGCAGCCAAGACAAUUGGGACUCUAGGAUGUGAUUCGGAAACUACCCAACUCAUCAUUGAUGCCGGUGUCUCGUUGGUGUUUGCGAAAAUCCUCAAAGAAGGUGCUAUGGAGGUUCAGGCUGAGGUGGCCUGGGCUAUUUCACAACUUGUGGCCAAGUACCCUCAGUGCGGAGAUAUUUUCGCCCAACAUAAUAUAAUUCGCCUACUUGUUGAACAUCUUGCAUUUGAAACAGACCAUGUUCAGAAUGUUGUUGUUAUCAAUAAAGCCACCUCAGUCCUUGCACUUGUUAUGGCAAAGACUCGCUUGGAUAUGAGAAAGGCAAUUGAUGAAUGCAACGAUGACAAGCCAUAUCGCAUUCCAUGUCCUCAUCAACCAAAUUCCUCACUUGCGGUUACAAGUUUCAAAGGUGGAGAUUUGGAAGACCCCAACGUGAAAUCCCGUAUCAAAGGAAUGGUGGCAAGAGCACUUCAUCAGUUGGCCAAGAGCGACUCUUCCAUAUGUUGCAGUAUCGCAGAAUCAAGGGCGAUGACUUCUUUUGUGGUUCUUCUUGAGGAAGGAACAGAAGAUGUUCAGCACAGUUCUGCCAUGGCAUUGAUGGAGAUCACAGCAGUAGCAGAGGAAGAUACAGUUUUGAGAAGAUCUGCUUUUAGGCCAAGUUCACCUGCAUGUAAAGCAGUGGUUGAUCAGCUAGUGAAAGUCGUUGAAAGGCAAAGCACUCACCUUCUUAUCCCGUGUGUUAAGGCAAUUGGGAAUUUGGCACGGACAUUUAGAGUUACAGAGACGAGGAUAAUUGCCCCAUUAGUUGAACUUCUUUAUAGAAAUGAAGCCAAGUUUUCUGAAGACCCGCCACGCUCCAAAUUUAUUGGGAAUACAAGGUUGCGAGGUUCAUUUACUAGAUUGAUUCGACGUCUUGGUGAAACAGAAGCUGAGAUUUGCAGAGAGGCUCUAAUGGCCCUUAGAAAGUUUGCAUGCCAUAAUCAUCUACAAAUAGAGCAUUCCCAGGCAAUUGUAGACGUUGGAGGGGUAGCUCCCAUAAUCCAGCUGGUGGAUUCUGGAGAUGAAAUGGUUCAAAUCCCAGCAUUGAUUCUGUUAUGCAACAUUGCCCUGCAUGUUCCCAAUGGUGAAGGGCUCGUCCGUGCUUAUAAUUUGAUAGAAUGGGCAUCCAAGCAAGGGGACUUGACCCAAAAUGAAAUGCUGCAGACAUUGAUACCAGAGGCCAAAGGUAGGCUGGAAAUUUAUCACACCUGUGAUUGAUGAAACCAUAUAUUUUGCAUUGAAGGUUAUAUUUUCUGUCUUCUUCUUGUUGUUGUGUAUCUUUUUUUUGUUUUUUCUUUUUCAUUCUCAUUCCAGUAGAUUGUACAUAUAAUUAGCAUCCUAUUAGAUUUUAGAAAAGUUCCAGUCUUGUGGAAAGAGUACACAGAAGGAGACGUCUGUAUAAAAUUCUGAAAUUUGGGG